AUGUUGGAUCAAAUUAAUAUUGAUAUCGAACAAUUGGAAGCAUCAUUGGACAUAGACGAAGGAAAAGCACAUAGCAAUAAUGCUUCAGGGACAGGAUGUUUAAUAGGCACCGGUACCAGUAGUGGAAAUGCUAGUAAUGGUGCAGGAGUAGCAGACGAGGAUUUGGAAGAAGAAGUGGAUGACUUGGAGGAAUUUGAAGCGCCAGAAUGGUGUGUGCCUAUCAAGGCCAAUGUUAUGACUUAUGACUGGGAUAGCCUGGCUGCAGAAUGUCAAUUCGAUGUAAUCCUUAUGGAUCCACCAUGGCAAUUAGCUACCCAUGCACCAACUCGAGGAGUUGCUAUUGCUUAUCAACAACUACCAGAUAUCUGUAUUGAAGAGCUACCAGUACCAAAAUUAAGUUCCAAUGGCUUCAUCUUCAUCUGGGUCAUCAACAACAAAUAUGCCAAAGCAUUUGAUCUGAUGCGAAGAUGGGGAUACAGCUAUGUAGAUGAUAUUACAUGGGUAAAGCAGACUGUUAAUCGUAGAAUGGCAAAGGGACAUGGAUAUUAUCUUCAGCACGCCAAGGAAACAUGUCUUGUAGGAAAGAAGGGCGAAGAUCCUCCAGGAUGCAGGCACUCCAUCGGAUCUGAUGUCAUCUUUUCAGAACGUCGUGGACAGAGCCAAAAGCCUGAGGAAUUGUAUGAGCUCAUUGAGGAACUGGUUCCCAAUGGCCGUUAUCUCGAGAUUUUUGGACGUAAGAACAACCUGAGGGACUACUGGGUUACUGUUGGAAACGAACUUUGA